AAUGGGCUGUCCGAGCGAGCAGCUCAAGGGCAGCAGGAAAAGGUAUCUUGGUAUUAAUCCCUUCCAUAGAGAGAGAUCUGAAUAUCCAUUGUGGGGAGCUACGAAUCUGUUUGACCGAUAAUCCUGUCCCUCUCAAGCGCUCUCCCCUGGGAGUCACUCACAGAGGAAAUGCCCCUGGUGAUCCCUGACAGAGAGAUUUCUCUGAACUGCCCCGAUGGGGCGGAUCCCGGGACCUGUUGGGACCAGGAGACACAUUGUCAGGCUGUCCAGAGGCAUUGCCCUGCAGCAGGCCUAAAGCAAGAGAGGUGACUAAAACCUCCUUGAAGGGAAUUAUACCAGGGUUUGGAAUUCCCAUAGGUCUGUUGUCAGCUAGAGCUCCUCACUUUAUAGCAGAGAUUGUACAAGAGUUGAGCCAAGUCCUAGGAAGAAAAUGGGCCCUGCCCACCCCCUGGAGCCCCCACUAGUGGGAAAGCGGAAAGGAUGAAUCAAACUCUGCAGAGACCAAAGGAUUCUCCAGGACACCCUUUCCAGCCCGGAGAGUACGUCCACAUCAAGACGUGGGAGAGCGGAACUUGCAGAAAGCUGGAAGCAACCCUUUCAGGUGCUGAUAACAACUCGCACCGCCCUUCAGGUAGAAGAAAUCGACAGGUGGAUACAUUAGAUGGACGUGGAGUCAGCACCGAGUUGGGAGUGGAGAACUGUCCUUGAGGCCAGGAAUCCUCUCCAGAGGAAACUGCAGAGAAGCACCAGGGACUGACAUUUAAAAACCAAGGAGACCGAGUGCUGUAAUUGCCCUUCAAGUGUGUGGUCUUCUCCCUCCAGAGAUCAAAGAAACUCCUGUGCCCUCUCUGGUUUGAGAAGACCUGGGAAACCUCUUUGGAUCUGAGCUGCCAAGAAAAGUGACGGGAUGAGAAGCACCGGUGAUGGAUGCCUGCAAAGCAGUGGGACUGGUGAGGGAGGAGAUUCCAGCCCUCUGCUCCGCUCUGAGGGAGCAGUGGCUGUGGCAGAGAUGUUCUGUGCGUCCAUAGCAGUGGGAUCGGCGAGGGAGGAGAUUCCGGCCCUCUGCUCUGUUCUGAGCGGGCAGAGGAGGGGCUACAACGCAGAGAAAACCAGGGCAAGGCAAGCAGCCAGCUAGAGUCCAAGUGGAGAGAAAUGCUGAAGCCUGGUUAAUAAGGAAGAGGUUCCACUGCUGAAACAGAUGAGAAGGAGAAGAAGGGGCUCUAAGACCUGAAGGAAGGGCUCUGUCUGGAGAUGGAGGUCAGAGAGAAGUUGAUGGGAGUACCCAUCAAGAGCCCCUGCAGGAUCCUCACCUGCAGGACAGCGAGAGGGAAAAGCAAUGUGUCGGUGCCCUCCAUGCCAACAGUAUUCAGGGAUCAGCUGAGGCUCUGCAAAAUGCCUUUAUCCUUGCGCCACGUUAUGGGCUGUGCAGUACCUGCAGCGGUGGGACUUCUUGGCUGCUGGUGGAUCUACUCCCGCAUAAAGAGGCGUAGAGUCUGUCCUGACCAAAGAGCAACAGGCCCCAGGACAGAGCAGCAGGAGGAAGUUGCAGGGGAGGAAUCAUCACCUGAACCAGCAGCAGGGGUUCCUCGAAGGCUGCCUCGUCUGUUGGAAGAGGAAAGGCCAGAGAAUGAAAACGCUGGAGGAUUUUCCGCGCCCUGCCAGCCUCAGGCAGCCGUGGCACCCAGGGGCUUGCAGCUCGCAGCAGCAGAGGACCCAGCGUCGGGCACCGAGGGAGCCAGCGCGGAGAGAAGCUCUGCUGCGAGGGAUGGCGGCAGGAGCCAGCGGCCCCAGGCAGGGCCGGUGGAGGCAGCAGAAGGCUCCCAGUGCCCCAUCUGCCUGCAAGGUGUUACAAAUGCCUCCUACGUGGCCUACUGCCUGCACAGCUUCUGCUUUGGGUGCAUCCAGCGUUGGGCCACGAUGAGCAAGACCUGCCCCAUCUGCCGGCAGCCGUUGGAGCGCCUGCUGAUCUCAGUGUGAGCAGAUGACGAGUAUGAGGAGCUCGUCCUUAGCCCUCCCAAUCACGUGUGCAGGUGGACGGCCAUGGGAAGGCCCUGCAGCCGCUUCCCACAGCAGCUCUACUACCUGCGCAGGGGGACCACCAGCAGAAGCCAGAGCCCAGUUGGCCAUCACGCUGCUACGGACACACUCAAUGAGUGUGUCUCAGAGCUGCUGCAGUCCCUCCGCUUCUACCUCCAUCGCCUGCAGUGAACCCCCGGCUGCUU